CACGUGGCCAGAUGACGCAGUUUCCGGUGUCUGGAGGCCCGGAUGUGGGGGACGGUGGUGGGGUGGUGGUGUCGAUGGAGCCGGGAAAAAGCGCCGUCAGCGCGAGCGGAACCUAAUGAUGCAUUAAUCUGAAAAGGCUGUUUGAUUUCUUCAUUUAAAACAAUUGAGGGUGCCAUGGCUGGAAAAUCAACUCUACUGAAGGUGAUCCUACUGGGAGAUGGAGGAGUGGGAAAAAGUUCACUCAUGAAUAGAUACGUUACCAAUAAAUUUGAUAUACAUCUAUUUCACACAAUAGGAGUUGAGUUUCUAAACAAAGAUUUGGAAGUAGAUGAACAUUAUGUGACAAUGCAGAUAUGGGACACUGCUGGCCAGGAGAGGUUUAGGAGCCUUCGGACACCAUUCUAUCGAGGCUCUGAUUGUUGCCUCCUUACUUUUAGUGUUGAUGAUCACCAGAGCUUCCAAAAUUUGGGCAAUUGGAAAAAGGAAUUCAUCUACUACGCAGAUGUCAAGGAGCCAGAUAGUUUCCCAUUUGUGGUUCUAGGUAAUAAAAUUGAUGUCACUGAAAGGCAAGUUUCAACAGAAGAGGCUCAGGCUUGGUGCAAAGAGAACGGUAACCACCCUUAUUUUGAAACAAGUGCAAAAGAUGCUACCAAUGUUGCAGUGGCCUUUGAAGAAGCUGUUCGUCGAGUUCUUGCUGCCGAUGAUAGAUCUGACAGUUUCAUGCAAACAGACACAGUGAAUCUAAACCGAGGGAAGAAACACAGCUCUUUCUGCUGUUGACUGGAAGAUGCAAUCAACUUUCCACUGUGUGCCAUUGAUUUACUGACUGGUGUUGAUUGGGUUCAUACAGAUCUGCUGGAGCUGUUUUGAGGAAACUGAUGUCAACCAGCUGAAAACCUGGGUUCCAUUGGUUGUGAAAGGGUUUGGAUGUACACACGCACAAUGCUAAUGUGACGAGUUUUCCAUGGGUAAUCGACUUAUUCAUUGGCCACAUGAUGAGAUUUAGACAAAAGGGUUUUGAGAGUUUAAAAUCAACUUUUAAAAAUGGCAAAACUACACAAGCUUUAAAUUUAAAAAAAAUGAAUUUGGUGUUGGUAUUUUUAACUUAAGUAUAACAAUAUUUUGUGCAUAAAACCAUACUGUAACUUGGAUAAUGGUUGGGAAAUUGGAACUUAAUUAACUCUAAACAUUUGUGUAAACUGUUUGUUCCAUAAAAUUCUCCUUUAUGUAUUGGUGCUCCUAAUCUAACCCUAAAAUAUGCUGGGGUGGACUGUUAAUGAUUUUUUCCCCCUUCCUUGCAAAUAAAAUAAAGUUCUAAUUAUUUACUGGUCUUGGAUAGAAACCUUCUGUCUAUUCUCAUUCCCUAAUUUCGAGUGUGUAACUAAACAGUCUACUGAUCAUUAUUUUUUCUGUUGAACAAUGUAUUUGCAGGUACUGAAACAUCAUCUACAUAUUGAGUUCGGUUUAAGUUUGCAGAAUGUUACAAUGUCAAAUAACCGUGAGAUACCAUUCCAUUGUAGCUGCAUUAAGUUUGAGAAAAUGUAGAGGUUUGCUCAACAAUGCUUGGUUAGCCAACUGCCAGGGUUCAAUUUGUUAAUGCACAGCUAAGCUAAGAAGUGUUGGGAUCACACGGAAUGAUACAAAGGUACCGAGUAUUUUGAAAUAACUUGUCGAGGACUGAAAUCAUUUCAAUUAAAUUCUUCUUUAUAUAUUAAAAAGUAACUGUUCAUCACCAUUACAGGAAGCACCUUUUGCAUUCAUUUUUUCUUUCCUCAGGGUUUAAUGUAAAACAAGUUUUGCUUGUAGUUGCUGCUGUUGUAGUUUGGGCAAUGGUAUGUUGUCACAUACUGGACUGACUUGGACUUUUUAAUUACUCCAAUUAUUAAAUUGUACCUUUGUGUACAUUGGUGAGACUAAAGAUCUUCCAAGAUUUGAAUCUGUUGAAUGAGAUUAAAUUUACAAACGCUAGCUUGUAGCUCAGUAUUUUAAGAUUUUGGCUCUUCCUGCUGCAGUAUGUUCCAUUGCAUGCCAAAGCUGGGUAAUUUAAUUUAAUUUAAAAUAUAUGAAUAUUUUACCACAAAAUGUUUAUUUCCUUUCCAUUUUUCCCUUUGUGCAACUUGGACUUCUCUAGCAAGAGUAUAUGUUGCAAGCCUGCUUAAAGACCUUGCUGCUGCUUAGCUGGGUAUUAGCUGUGCAAUAUAACCUGGCUGUCCAGUUUUCCCUUUGCUCCCUGUAGUAUCUUUCUAUAGUUAGUAGCACAGUUGAGAGCAGGAACAAAGCUUGUGGGAAUUACUGAGGCAACUUAUAUUUUAGCACACUGCAGUGCAGUUGGAAGACCCAACACGAUGAACCAUUAUAUUCUUGCAGAGAGCUGUUUAUUAAGCACAAUGACAGAUUUAUUAUUGAAUGGCCGGACCAGGCUAUACUUAAUGAAACAAUCAAUUCAAUUAAAGUAGUGAAAGGCAGAAUUAAAUCCAAAAAUAAAAGUGCUUUAUUUCUAAGCUUUGCAGUAAAUGUUCUUCUUGUAAUAGUUAAAUUGUCCCAUUUACCACAUUAGGAUCUCUACUGUCAACCUUGGCUGAUAAGUGCUGCUGAAUUAUGAAGUGGAAGUAAACUUUUAAUGUUGGUAUGGGUUACAUUUGUUAACAAAUCACUGAAUUCCCUCUGCCAAGAAUUGAGUAACCAUUCCUAAACACAUCCUCUUUCCAGUCUGUCACCAUACUUUCUGAUCACUGCUUUUGUUAAUUGCUGUAUAAAAUUAUUCAAUCA